AUGGAUGAAGAACGAUCAAGAGAAAAAGUGCUUGGGUGGGAAGCUAGAACAUCAGUAUCUGAGCAUGAAAUACAACUUGGAGAGGUGAUUUCAUUUAUAAUACUUAUUGCAGACUGUGUACGAGGCUCAGAUAUAGUUGAAGAUGAAGAAUUUGAUGAAAUCUGGUGUUUGAUGCUUCUAAAAGAUGCUCUUUCUUUUGUUUAUUCUAAAAAGUUGUACAAUGAUCGGGAGAAGAACUUCCAGAAAAUUGGUUUUCAACCGGCAGAUAAGAAUAAAGAAGAACUAGCAGACAAAAGACGGAAAGAAGUAGAUUGUGAAGAAGAAUGUAAAAUGAUCCGCUGA